AUGACCAACUCAACGCCCAAUACGGAGUUUUCUCCCCCAUGCAGUCCUCAGCAGAAGUUUGAGCAACUCAUGAAAGACACAAGAACUUCUGCCAGAAAGAAGCUUGCCCAGCUGACGCUGAAAGAGAAGGUCUCACUCCUUACCGCUGCCGACUUCUGGAGGACGAAAGCCAUUCCUGAGAAGGGUAUUCCCGCUGUCAAGACGUCAGAUGGUCCUAAUGGUGCUCGUGGUGGCAUCUUCGUUGGAGGCACUAAGGCCGCGUUGUUCCCCUGCGGUGUAUCGCUUGCGGCGACCUGGAACAAGGAUCUACUCUACGAAGUCGGCCAGCACUUGGCAGAUGAAGUAAAAGCAAGAUCGGCCAAUAUCCUCCUGGCCCCGACCGUUUGUAUGCAUCGGCAUCCUCUGGGUGGACGCAACUUCGAAUCAUUCUCCGAAGACCCCCUCCUGACCGGCAAGCUUGCUGCCCAGUACAUUCGAGGCCUGCAGGAGAAGGGCGUUGCAGCUACUAUUAAGCAUUCUCUUAUCCAAGAACGGCCACUCCGUGAGAUCUACCUUCGACCCUUCGAGAUUGCUGUCCGCGAGGCCAACCCUUGGGCCCUCAUGACAUCGUAUAACUUGAUCAACGGCACCCAUGCCGAUAUGCAUGACCACACGUUGAGGACGAUUCUGCGAGGGGAAUGGGGUUAUGAUGGUGCUGUUGUGUCUGACUGGGGUGGCACCAACUCCACGGUAGAAUCCAUCCUGGCUGGUUGUGACAUCGAGUUCCCAUACUCGCCCAAGUGGCGAUUUGACAAGGUCACACAAGCAAUUCAAGACGGCAAAAUCUCUGAAGGCGAUGUUGACCGCGCCGCCGAGAACGUCUUGACACUGGUGGAGAGGCUCAAGGGGGAUGACAUGGCCGAAGAGCAGGCUGAAAGAGAGGACAACCGCGAAGAGACCAGAGCGCUCAUCCGGGCUGCUGGCGCUGAAGGUCUCACUCUUCUCAAGAACGAGGGUGGCGUUCUUCCCUUGAACGCCAAAACGACUCGAGUUGCAGUGAUAGGCCCGAAUGCUAACCGAGCCAUUGCUGGCGGUGGUGGUAGCGCCAGCCUCAACCCGUACUACAACACGAUACCCCUGGAUAGCAUUCGAGCCGCAUCCGAAGCCGAGAUCACCUUUGCGCAGGGCUGCCACAUUCAUAAGUGGCUCCCUGUUGCUUCACGCUUCUGCAAGGACAAGUCAGGCAAACCAGGUGUCAGCAUCGAGUGGUUUGCGGGCGACAAAUUUCAGGGCGACCCCGUAGUGGUGCAACGAAGAACAAACACGGAUUUGUUCCUCUGGGACUCCGCUCCUAUUAGCGAAGUUGGCCCCGAAUGGUCUGCCGUGGCGACAACUUACCUAACCUCGAAUUCCACCGGUACACACACCGUCAGCUUCAUGAGCGUCGGGCCAGGAAAGCUCUACGUAAAUGGGAAGCUCGAAAUGGACUUGUGGGAUUGGACUGAAGAGGGUGAGGCCAUGUUUGAUGGUUCUGUCGACUACCUCGUCAAGGUCGAAAUGGAAGCCGGUAAACCAGUUGAGCUGAGGGUCGAGAUGACCAACGAACUUCGCCCAAUUGCGAAACAGAAACAAUUUGGUAUCACUCACAAGUACGGAGGAUGCCGGAUCGGGUUCAAGGAGGAAGACCAGGUCGAUUUCCUGCAAGAAGCAGUUGAGGCCGCCAAGGCUGCCGAUGUCGCCGUGGUUAUUGUCGGCCUCGAUGCUGAAUGGGAAUCCGAAGGUUAUGACCGACAAACAAUGGAUCUGCCGUCUGAUGGAAGCCAGGACAGGCUGAUCGAAGCUGUCGUCAAAGCUAACCCUCGCACCGUCGUCAUCAACCAGUCAGGCACUCCUGUCACAAUGCCCUGGGUCGACCGAGUCCCUGCUAUCAUUCAAGGCUGGUACCAAGGACAAGAAGCCGGCAACGCUCUGGCAGACGUGCUUUUCGGCUUCAAGAACCCCAGUGGUAAACUUCCUCGCAUUCAGGAUGCCCCUGCUUACAACAACUGGCCGGGAGAGAAUCUCAAGGUCAACUACGGCGAAGGCCUGUACAUCGGCUAUCGAUACUAUGAAAGAGCCCUGGUCGAACCUCUCUUUGCUUUCGGUCACGGGCUGUCCUACACCACGUUUGAAUACGGGCGACCUUCCCUCAACAGUAAGAUCCUCACACCGCAUAACACCAUCGAGCUUUGCUUUGCGGUCAGCAACAUUGGGUCCGUCGCCGGCGCGGAAACGGUGCAAAUAUAUGUACGGGAUGACAAGUCAAGGUUACCACGCCCCGAGAAAGAGCUUGUUGCUUUCGAAAAGGUCUUCCUGGAAGCUGGCGAGACUGUCCACUUACGUAUCAACCUCGACAAGCAUGCCGUGGGCUACUAUGACACCGCGAUCCCCAGCUGGAUUGCGGAAGAGGGCACGUUCAACGUUCUCAUUGGCGCCUCAUCAGCCGAUGUCAAAUAUACCAUUCCAUUUGAAGUUAAGGAGUCCUUCACAUGGGUUUUCUGA